CGGUUUGGAGGCAAUGCUGACCGGACUGUGCGACGAGUACCCGCUCGUCCUGCGCCGGCACCGGGAGAUCUUCGUCGGCUGCGUCAUACUGUUCAUCUACGCGUGUGCCCUUCCGACGACCACCUACGGUGGUAACUACAUCGUAAGCUUGCUGGACACUUAUGCGACGGCUACAGGUGUCCUCUUCAUUGUAUUCGUAGAGUCCAUGGUCGUCUGCUGGUUUUACGGCGCUAACCGCUUUUCUCAACACGUCAAAGAAAUGCUUGGCCAUCUUCCGGGUCUCUACUGGCGCAUGUGCUGGAGCUAUAUAAGUCCCUUGUUCCUCUUUACGAUGUUCCUAUUUGCUGUUCUUCGCUACAAACCCCUCGAGUGGGAGGACUACAAGUUUCCAGGCUGGUCCAUUUCCGUCGGCUGGCUGCUUACUGCUUCCUCUAUGUGUUUUGUUCCCGGCUACAUAGUAAUCGCUUUCCUGAGAACCAAAGGAACCUUAAAGCAGCGACUGAUCAUCUGCCUUCGUCCACACAGUGUGGCUGCAAGGAAGCUCAAGCAGGGUGGUGUUCCGGCCUCCGUGUAGUCGCCUUCCUCACUUUGCCCCUAAGUGCGCAGCUCUGUACCUGCAGUACACACCAUGGUCAAACUGUUUCCUGCCAAACGGUGGUACAUGUAUUUCAAACAAGACUGCUUGUGAUUCCCACAGCGAAAACGCUUAUUUUAUGGCCUGCACGUUUCAGCCUAUACAUUGCGACGUACAUUUUGCACACAGGAUCCGGUUUCUGUGUUUUCUUAUGAAACAUUUCUGUUGGUACCGCGUUUCCAUAAGAAUGCAUAAGAAACACACGUACAGCUCACUCGAAGCUGUUACGGCUGCUCGAUGUCUGUAGCUAGGUGCUCUCUGCCGCAAACAAAUGCUGUUCUGCUUGUGCACGUUUUGUUCUACUUGACAAAUUGUGGCAGCAAAAAUGGCACGCGAAGCUUUUAUUCGUUCAUGUAUUGCGCACUUUCAGAUCAAGUAUUGGUUUGAUCAAUGCCUACUGGCUUCAAAAUCGAACUACUAAGUAUGAAAAUAUCUUUAUCGAAACUAUAUUACAAACUCUUGCGGUUUUGAAAAUUAGUACACUCUCGCACUGUGGCUACAGUGAGGACCAGAAAACAAAUUUUCGUUGUUACCACGCUAAACAAUAUUGUACUAACGAACUCGUAAGUUUCUGUACUGUGUAUUAUGCUGUUCUAAAUAAACUUUUGGUUUUGUUCUCCUAAAAA